ACAAAUGGAGGGAAAGGAUUCCAUCUCAACUGCAGAUCAUGCGCUCCUUCUGCCAGGAAAAGCAGCUUUCAUUCCUGUUAUAGGAGCAAACAGCAAGUGCACUGAGUGGGAGAGCAGCGCGAGGUGAGUGAACUGCUCUGGCGCACACCUGGCUCAGAAAAGCAAACACCACCCAAGGGCAGAGCAGUCCAGAUGAAGGUGACAGAGGGGAGGGCUGGAAAGCCCCGAGUGUCACACAUGGAAGGAUAUACAGGGUUGAGCAAGCAAGGGAGUGGCAGCCACACAGCAGCUCCAUCUGAGCCCUGGCAUUUCUGAGAGAAAAAGUGGAACCACAAGAAGAUAUCAGGGCAGGAACGGGGCUGCCCCACCACCAGACUCUGCUGCAAACUGGAUUUUCUGCCUAAUUCCUGCAGUUUUCUUUCAAGGAAGAAGCAAGAGCAAAGGCAUUGCCUGCAGUGAGCACCAUGCCCUGGGGGCAUAUGAGGAGCCCAAGCAGAGCAGGUGGAAAGAGGAAGACCUGUAAGCACGGGGGUAAAGGAGCAUCGGGAAGUAAAGCACAGGCAGAAGAAACUGCUUCUCAAGGCUGGGUUCAUUCAGACAGUCUGCUCACCUACUUCCUUCUGAUGGAUUGAUGCUGAGAAAUCACUGAACACUGGUGUUACCUCUUCUGAAAUACAAAGCAUUUCAAACAACCCAGGAACAGCAAGAACAGGGAGAAAUAACUGGAUACGCACCAAGAGCUCCAUGGAAGCCUCCUGCUCAUCAGGGGUGGAAAUCACAGGAGCACAUAGAUGAUGGGGAAAAUCUUCCAACCACAUUGAGAUCUGCAUUUUAGGCACUGCUGCUGGCAAGGUCCUUCCAUCGCCCCACUGCAGCAAGCAAAGCCAACACUGGGCAACCCUCUAAAAUGUUUAUUUGGACCAGUGGCCGGAGCUCUACAUCUUACAGACACGAUGAGAAAAGAAAUAUUUACCAAAAAAUCAGGGAUCACGAUCUACUGGACAAAAGGAAAACAGUCACAGCCCUAAAAGCUGGAGAAGACCGGGCCAUACUCCUCGGGCUGGCCAUGAUGGUGUGCUCUAUCAUGAUGUACUUCCUUCUGGGAAUCACCCUGCUGCGGUCCUACAUGCAAAGCGUCUGGACAGAAGAAGCUCAGUGUUCGCUUCUCAACGCAUCCAUCACCGAAACCUUCAACUGCUCGUUUAGCUGCGGCCCAGACUGCUGGAAAAUCUCUCAGUACCCCUGCCUGCAGGUGUACGUCAAUCUCACUUCUUCUGGCCAGAGGCUUCUGCUCUACCACACCGAAGAAACAAUGAAAAUUAAUUCUGAGUGUUCGUACAUACCCAAGUGCGGCAAGAACUACGAGGAAUCCAUGUCAAUGGUGAACGUUGUGAUGGAAAACUUCCGAAAGUAUCAACGCUUCUCCUGCUUCUAUGAUCCUGAGGGCACUCAGAAGAACGUGAUAUUGACCAAACUGUACAGCUCCAACGUGCUGUUCCACUCACUCUUCUGGCCCACAUGCAUGAUGAUCGGCGGCGUUGCCAUCGUUGCGAUGGUAAAGCUGACUCAAUACCUUUCUCUCCUCUGUGAGAGAAUCCAAAGGAUCAACAGAUAAGAAUGAAAACUCUCCUCCAAGAGUUAAUUACAGAUAAAAUACUGUUUUCUCAUUCUUCACCAAAGAACCUUAAGUUUGUAACGUGCAAGUCUGUUAUAAGUUCCUUACUAUAUUCUUAUAAGUAGAGCAAUAAUGCAAAAGCUGUUCUAUAUGCAAACUAUAUGUUAUUAUUAUGCAGACAACCGAAAAAAAUUACUGUUUGUGUUGAUGAUCUUGUUUGAUGCUGAGACUUCUACUUCUUUCUUUUCUACAGCUAGAAUUGGGCUCAGUGUGACCAUUUGCCAAGCUCAGUCAAUUAACUUUCUCAACGUAAAGGAUUCUGGGGAAAUCCAUGCCUGGACAAAAGGCAGCAAAUGACUUGUGCAAACUGAGGCCUCAGAUCUGGCUCAGCCCUGCCAAUGGAUUUCUGGUUUUGCCUUUUUAUUAUUGGUUGCAGGGGAAAAAAGUAGAGAAACAAAACAGAGGUUUUUCUAUGAGCAGGUGGCACCACACAGACUACUGCAAGGCCAGGAUAAGUAUGAGUAUUUUCUGCCUAAGUAGGACUUGGUGAUGCUAUGUGUUAGCUCCCCCAAUUCAGAAGUAAAUUUUACCCAGUGGUAUGUACAGUCUUUUGCAAAACACUUUGGAGUUUUAUUUAUUUUAUGUUGUAUUUUCCUUCUGUCUUACCAACAGCAUCUUUGUCAUCUGCAGAAGCUGUAGCCAAAAAAAAAAAAA